AUGGAAUUUAUAAAUUAAUAAAACAACAUUAGAAAAAUUUAUUAUUAAAUUAAUGAUAAUAGUCAAACCAUUUUAUCUUCAAACAAUGCAUCUAUUCUCUAAAGUUAAAUAAACAAGGAAUUAUUAUAAUUAAAAUAAGAAAAUGAUAGUUUAUAAUCAAAGUUCAAUAAUCUUUAAUUUUGUGUAGAACAAUUACAAUCAUCCAAAGAUUAGUUAUAAAAUAAAUAUGAAGAAUUACAAAAAUUAUAUGAGGUAUUACAAAAGGAAAAUAUUGAUUUAAAAAAAUAGAUUGAGAGAUAAGAAAACUAAAAAUAAUUGCAUAACAAUGAUAAUAUAUAAAAAUUAUAAAAUGAGAAUUAAUUUUUAAAGUAAUAAAAUGAGGAGAAAGUAAAAUAAGUUAAUAGGUUGAUAAAAAUUCAACUAUAAUUACAUCAAGAAAAAUAAGAAUUAGAAUAGCUAUUAGAAUAACUUAAAUCUUUUGCCAAAAAUAACUCAGAAAUCAAAAUAUAAGAUUUAUAAACAUAAAAUAGAAAUUCAGAUGAGAAUUAAAUUUAAUAUUCAUAAUAAAUACCAGUAGCUUAAUCUCUAUAAUAAAUAAAAAAAGAAUCUUUUCUAGAAACUCCAGAAAAACUCGAAUAAUAAUAUAAAUAGAAACCAAAAAUUCAAGAAAUUGAGUUAAAAGAUGAGUAUGAAACUCCAUGCGGACAUAAAAUAUCUACUCAAUAAUUAUAAAAUGUAAUACAAAAAGCAAAUAAAUUAAAAAAACUCCCUUAAUGUAUAGUUUGUUAUUCAUAAAUUGAAUUAGAUGAAGUGUAUAAAAAAUAAGAUACUAUAGAGAAAUUUUAAGAAGAAAGUAGCCAUUAAAAAUUAGAAGAUUCUUAAUAAAUUUAAAAAAAGAAAAGAAAACAGGAUUGA